AUGGCAGAAUUCAGAGUCAAUAGGGGUUGUGUCCGUCCACUUUCACCUAACUACUGGGCAAGGGAACUUACGGUCCGUCGACGUCCCGCCUACCGAAUCAUCCCGACUGAGCUUGAAGGCUGCCUGCCUCAAGAAAUCCUGAAUCAUGGUCGCGCAGGCGUAGCGGGAUUAACAAAAACCUCAAGCCAAUUGAUAAAGGAGGGUGGCGGGUUACCUCACUUGCUCCUCUUCACGGUGACCGGUCUCGUAGACGCUGUACUUACAUUGGACGAUAUUGAACUGCUUGUGGCAUGCCUAUUCUCCGCACCCGACGUGGCCAAAUACUGGAGCCAGCAGAUCAACAGCCACGCCACCUUCGUCAGCCACAUCCCCCCAUCCAUGCUACUCGGACCCGCAUCAGCCACAGACUAG